AUGGCCGUGAACGCUGUCGUCGAACAAAACAACCAAACUCUGGCGUUUAUCCAACAAGGAGACUUUGUCAACGCCAUCGAGUCGUCAUCCCACGCACUCAGAUGCUGCAGGCUAUUGAUUGGAGGUGAGGCAGAGAUGCUUCUGAACGAAUGUCUCGAUCAUUGUAUGCUUCUUCGUUCCCCAGUGAACGCGAACCCACCCCCAAUGCCCUCUGGCGACGAUCCCGUCUUCAUUUACCGUCAAGGUAUUACUAUCCCUCUGCGUACAAGCUUCGUUGAUCUGACUUGUGUCACUCCAAUCCUUAUAUUCAACGCGGCACUUGCCCACCAAUUGCUGGCCGAACAGCAGCAGGCGCUCCAACCACAACAACAACGACAACAACAACGACAACAACAACGACAGGAUCGUGAACAAGACGAAGAAGAUAGGGAUGAUCUUAUAUAUAUGUUACAAAUGAAAGCCCGACAGUUAUAUAGACUCGCACAUUCCACGGUCGAUACAGAAGUGAAUGUUCUGUUUCAUUUUGUGGUUGUCAAUAAUACUGCAGUGAUUGAUCGACGUGUAGGCAACCCGGCAGUUUCCAAUGCCUCCUUCUACUAUUUAAUGGCUCGGUUUCUGAUACUACAGCACCAAGGAAUGAAUGAAAGGAUACGCCAUUUGGAGGGUUUUUGGGUGAAUCUUCCUACAUCACCUUCUGCCGCUGAAUCGUGA